AUGUAUUUAUUUAAACUACAACUUGUUUUCUGUUUUAUUAUUUCUGUUGCAAUAUGCUUUGAAAUAUCAUCGGAUUCCUCAUCUCCCGGUUCUUGGAGUAGCAAAAUAAUUGGCGGAAAUACAGCGAAUUUAGGACAAUUUCCGUUUCAAGUUUCGUUACGACGGACCCGGAACACAACUAUUCACAUUUGUGGCGGAUCAAUUAUAAACAAAAACUGGAUUAUUACAGCUGGUCAUUGCUUGUUGUACUUUAAUUCUACGAAAGAGGCUUUGAUUGUUGUUGGAAUCAUUGAUUUGCAUCAACCUGAGGCGACCAACUAUAAUAUUCAACGGUAUGUCAUACAUCCAAAGUUUGAUAAAUCUCUGAAAAAGAACGAUCUUGGUCUUAUGCAAACGACAAUUUCAAUUAUAUUUAACCAAAAUGUGAAAGCAAUACAAAUUAGUCAAAAAUUUAUCGAAGCACAAACCAAAGCAACAACCUGUGGAUGGGGAAGAAUCUCGAAUCAAGGCACUCGAACAAAUGUCUUGCAAUAUCUAAAUACGACAAUUAUGGAUAAUGAGGAAUGUCGACAGGCACAUUGUAUUUCAAAGCGGUUUUUGUAUAUUUAUGACAAUGUGAUUUGUACAAAAAAUGUUAAAAUGAAAGGGACUUGCAAUGGAGACUCUGGAGGGGCAUUAGUUGUGAAUGAAAAAUUAGUUGGUGUCGUCUCGUGGGGUGUAAGAUGUGGUAUAGGAUUGCCAGAUGUAUUUACGAGACUGUCGGAACACUUCGAAUGGAUUCAGGAAAUAAUAAGUACAAAAUCUACGAUGAAUUAA